AUGAAGCCCCCUUUUCUGCACUCAUAUCUUCUUCUCCUUCUUCUCCUUCUUCCUUCUCUUCUUCUCCUUGACCAUUUCUCUUUUCGUCAAGAUAGCUACUCUACAAGUUCGUUGAGCUUCGGAUACCAAUUCGCUUCAAGCACUUCUCUUCGUCAAAUUGGCAAUUUCAAAGUCCUCGAAUUCAGACUCAAAGAGAUCUCUACUCUGUUUUUACCUGCUUUACUGCCUCCUUCGAUCAAUUCCAAUUCCCUUACGCAAAGGCUUCAGCUUCUCGAAGCCGAUUUCAAUUUACCCCUUUUCUACUUUAAAUUGACCUCCGAGAGCCGUUUGGCUAUUCCGUUCGAACAAAAUCCUAGAAAGCCUAAGAAAACUUGA